AUGAGCUAUAUCCACCCCUCAUGGAACUACCAAGCUCAUCAAGGCAUCCCGAUGGACCAGCAUAUGGGGUAUGAUGCUUCCAUGGUCCCUCCUCCGAUGAUGCACCCCAUCGACGGUUAUAUGUACUCGCACCAGCCAAUGGAAAUGGUCGACUACUACCACCAACCGAUUAUGGACUAUGACGAAUACACAGAAAAUUUGUCGCGACCACGAUUGACCAAGGAACAAGUCGAAACCUUGGAGGCCCAAUUUCAAGCUCAUCCCAAACCAAGUAGCAAUGUCAAGCGCCAAUUGGCGGCUCAGACGAAUUUGAGUUUGCCUCGCGUUGCAAAUUGGUUCCAAAAUCGUCGCGCAAAGGCCAAGCAACAGAAACGUCAGGAGGAAUUCGAAAAGAUGACAAAAGCCAAGGCCGAGGCCGAGGAGGCCGCUCGCCGGAAAACGGAGACCUUGGACCAAUUGUCUGGGUCUCGGAAAGGAUCUAUCGCCAAGGAGGAAUUGGAGAAGUCCGCUACCCCUAAGCAAACGCCUACCUCCAUGUCCAGCGGAGAUGGCAAGUCAGACUCUACAACCAGACCCAAGCACCACAAAACAAAAAGCGAGUCGGCACGUGAGGCAACGUUUGCGUCCCUGCAAAGAGCGCUCAAUGCUGCAUGUGCCGCCCGGGACCGGUUCGGUCGUCGAAUUAACCCUCGUAAACAUGAAUCUGCCCCUGAAGGUUUGGAUGAGGAUGCCGUAUCCCCUGGCUCUAUGCCGCCGCCAAAGACGGCAACUUCAGCCAAUGAUCACGGAAACCUGACCAAUCUAAACUCUUCCUUCCCGGGAUGGCCUAAUAUGAAGGAAGAGCCAGCUGCGUGGGGUUCCGGCGACCACGAUGAGAAUGUUGGAUAUAACCAUGCAGAUCAGGCCUCAUAUCCCGCAUGCCACCAAACAAUGGCGGAGAUGUCAAAUCCUUCACAUGCUGUGCAACAUAACAUGGACAUCUAUUCCAAUCACCUGCCCUCUCACAGGGAAGAGUGGUCAGAAGAGAGAGAGCCACAUCAAGAUAACGUUGUUUACAGCAACGUGCAGUAUCCAUUGUCCAUGCAGGCGCCGAAUAUCUCGCUUUCCCGUCGUGAAUCGUCCGAUGCAUUGACAGCCUCUUUGGAGGGCAUCGGGAUCUGUACCCCUGGCCAAUCUGGCCUGUCUCAAACUCUCAGCCGAGUGGAAGGGGCUUCGUGGAAGGAAUCCGGCAAGGAGCUUGACCUCGCCGCCCGCCGCAAGCGCCCUCGCCCUGCUGCUAUUGGGACCUCGGCGUCCCGUCCUUUGGCUAAUUCGACCUCGAUGUCUUCGCUCUCGCCUACCGCUCGUAUGCCCAACACCGGUAACGGCAACUCGAUGAGACAGUCCAAGUCGAGCCAGAGCCUUAACUCUCGGUAUGCGGGUGUGAGGAAGGCGUCGGCUGCUCAGCGAUCUCCUCUCAACUUCACAUUUGCGGAAUCCGGGUCUAUGAAAAAGGCUGAGAAGAUGUUGCGACCUUCGGUCUCGACAUCUACUCUGGCUCCACCCACUCCCUUGACUCCACAGGAUCUCCAGCACUUCAUGCCUGCCUCUCCCACAGACAGCAACUACUGCUUGUCUGCCCACUCCACAGCUCACUUCUUCCCCACCUCUCAACCCAUGCAGGUCAACAUCGCAUCGCCUCCUGCCACGCCAUUGGAUAUAUACUCGCCCUUCCCUUAUCAAAAUGUGGCUCCGCCGAUGUCGGCUCCGGCUCAUGUCUCCUCCUUCCCCGAUUAUGGCACAUGUGACCCAAUGCCUAUGACAGCCCGCAGCUGGGCUGACACGGCUUCCAUCUCCUCGCCCGAGUACCCAGCAGGUCUCCAGGUCCCGCAUUCGAGCACCGUCUCGCCGAUGGGGUAUGAUGCCACCACCGACCACACCGGGCAGGCCUAUGGCAUGGAACCAGUCUCCGGCUCCCCCUCUUUGAUAUACUCAAUUGAAGAUACGGAUAUGCCAGGCUCCGCUGAACUUGCGGAGAGGAAACGGACUGAAUUCAUGAUGCACGAAUUCCCAGAGCACGAUCCCCGCUUUGGUAACCAGUUGCCAUCCAUGCAGAAGCCGAAAGCCUACACGUUCGCGAACAACACGACGCCAAGCAACUACCCUUCUUGA